AUGGAAUACAUCCUUGAGGAGGAUCACGACAGCGAGAUAGAGGAGAACGUUUGCGAGGAUGAAGACUACCUUGAGGUAAACGAUGAAGAUGAAGAUUCUGAUCAAUCAGAUGAGGAAACUGAUAUUCGCCCAGAUGAGACAUUCAUGUCCAAAAAUUGUGAAAUUCAGUGGUCCUCAUCCCCUAAUGGACGCCAGGCAACACUAUCGGCAGCAAACAUAAUGAAGGCAGUGCCAGGGCCCACCAGGAUGGCAGUCUCUCGUGUCACAGACAUCAAGUCUGCUUUUGAGCUGGUAAUUUCGAACACAGUGCUGAAGAUCGUUCUGGAUAUGACCAAUCUGGAAGGGAUACGUGUGUAUGGGGAAGAGUGGAAGGAGCUGGACGAAAUGCAUUUACAUGCGUAUUUGGGUCUCCUCAUCCUGGCUGGGGUCUACAAAUCCAAGGAUGAAUCGACAGCCAGCCUGUGGGACGCAGACAGGAAUAUAUUUCGAGCCACAAUGUCUCUGGGGACUUUCCACAUUUUCUCAAGAGUGAUCCGAUUUGAUAAUCGUGACACAAGAGCUGGCAGACGUGAGAGAGACAAGCUGGCAGCUAUAAGGACAGUGUGGGACAAGUGGGUAGAGCGGCUUCCACUUCUCUACAACCCAGGACCUAAUGUCACAGUGGAUGAAAGGCUGGUGGCAUUCAGAGGUCGUUGCCCGUUCAAGCAAUACAUGCCUUCGAAACCGGCAAAAUAUGGCUUGAAAAUAUGGGCAGCAUGUGAUGCAAACUCCAGCUAUGCACUAAACCUGCAGGUUUACACUGGAAAGCCAGUUGGAGGAGCCCCAGAGAGGAAUCAGGGCAUGAGGGUUGUGCUCGACAUGGCACAGGGUCUCAGGGGUCACAACAUAACUUGUGACAAUUUCUUCACGUCCUACAACCUGGGUCAGGAGCUCCUGAAGAGAAAGCUAACAAUGGUUGGAACUGUACGAAAGAACAGAACGGAACUCCCUGCCGAAAUGCUGGUGAUCAAGAACAGGGUCCCUCAAUCCUCCAAGUUUGUGUUCACAGACACCACAACCCUAAUGUCUUACUGCCCCAAAAAGGGAAAAAAUGUGUUGCUCAUGAGCACUCUCCAUAAGAAUGCUGAAAUCAGCACCAGAGAGGAUCAUAAGCCGAACCUCAUCCUGGACUACAAUGCCACCAAAGGGGGGGUGGACAACCUGGACAAAGUCACAGGGACCUACAGCACCAAAAGGAUGACGGCACGCUGGCCUUUAGUAAUGUUCUAUAACCUGAUCGAUAUAUCGGCCUACAACGCAUUUGUUAUCUUCACGGAGAUCUUCCCUGAGUGGAACAAGUCCAAGCUGUACAGGAGGCGCCUGUUCCUUGAGGAGCUGGGGAAGGCACUUGUCGUCCCUCAUAUUAAAAGGAGGCAGCACAUGCCAAGGACCCCAGCCGCUGCUGCAACAGUGAGGGAGAUCCAGGAGAGGGCUACACCAACUACUCCUAUGCGUGAGGCUUAG